CAAUAUCAAUAUCAAAAAUUUCUGAAUUCCAAUCUCAGUGUUCUGAAACGUCACCGUCUUUUUCAUCCAAAGGGGAGUGACCUGAGAUCAAAGAUCAUGUGGCGGAGGCUUUUCUCUCCUUCUCAUCUCAAAACCCUAGCUUCUUCUACUCCUCGAUCUGCUUCCGCCGCCGCCAGAUUUGCCGCUUCUCCCGCCGUUUCUCGCUCUCCCAGUUUAUUAUCCCUCCACUUCUCAACCCAAUCCGAUGAUCCUAGUGCAAUCAAAAAGAAGGUUGAGGAUGUAAUGCCAAUCGCUACAGGCCACGAGCGUGAGGAGAUUCAGGCUGAGCUUGAGGGAAGGAAUAUUCUUGAAAUAGACCAUCCCGAAGGUCCUUUCGGCACAAAGGAAGCACCAGCAGUUGUUAAAUCUUACUAUGAUAAAAGGAUAGUCGGAUGCCCAGGAGGUGAAGGCGAGGAUGAACAUGACGUUGUCUGGUUUUGGUUGGAGAAAGGCAAGCCUCAUGAAUGUCCAGUGUGUGCACAGUAUUUUGUGCUUGAAGUGGUGGGACCUGGUGGACCUCCUGGUGGACACGGCGAUGAUGAUCACCAUUGAUUGCAUCCUUCAAAUUUCCUUCUGGAAUAAAUUCUGGAAAAUGGAGAGACAUUGUUUAGCAUACACUAAAGCCUUUCAAAAUCCUGUGGCCUAUAUUUGGUUUUGAUUUGUCUAUACCUUCUUGUGGUGUUGCAACUUCUGAGAUAGAAAGCUUCUGUGAUUAUUUGGACACAGGAUGCUCAUUUGCCUGAGCUAUCAAUUCUGUUAGAUUAUGUUUUGUGCGAUGCAAAAUAAUUGAUAAAACUUGAUAAU